AUGACUAAAUCAGCUACUGGUGAUGGAGGUAUUGAUCCGUUUGAAACUUGUAUUACUAUAGCUUCUGCAUGUAAUUUGGUGUUUCGCACUAAAUUCUUACGUGCUGAUACUAUAGGCAUUAUACCAGCACAGGGAUAUCGCCCUGAAGAGAAACACUCUGUAAAAGCCAUACAAUGGAUUAAAUAUAUAUCACAAACAAAGGGGGUGGAUAUUCAACACGCUCGAAACGGUAGUGAGAAGAUGAUUGACCAAUACAGAGUAGAUGGGUUUUAUGAGAACAGCGAAGAGCCAAGAGAUGCCUUUGCAGGAGGGAGGACAAAAGCCUUUAAUUUAUAUCACGAAUCGUCCUUUGACGAAUCUAUCAAAUACUACGAUGUAACCUCGCUGUAUCCGUACAUAAACAAAACGGGCAAAGUUGUUAUAGGGCAUCCUAAAAUAGUAACAGAGAAUUUUGAUGAUCUAACGAUGUAUGAAGGACUAAUCAAAUGCAAAGUUUAUCCACCUAGAGGCCUACAUAUUCCAGUGUUACCCGCUAAAAUUAACAACAAACUGAUGUUCUCCUUGUGUAGAACAUGUACUGAGACAAAACAGCAAACAACCUGCCAUCAUGGUAAUGAAGAAAGGUCUUUUACCGGUACAUGGGUGACAGAUGAGCUAAAGAUGGCAGUAAAUAAGGGAUAUAUACUAAGUACAAUAUAUGAAGUCUGGCAUUUCGAUGAAGUUGAGCAAUAUGAUCCCAUUUCAAAAGCAGGAGGCAUUUUCACAGAGUACAUAAAUACUUUUCUGAAGAUGAAGCAAGAGGCAAGUGGGUGGCCUAGUUGGUGUAUAACCAAGGAACAUAGGCAACAAUACAUUCAGGACUACUAUGAAAAAGAAGGCAUUUUACUCGACUACAAUAAGAUAGAAAAAAAUCCUGGGUUACGCGCACUGGCAAAGUUAAUGCUAAAUAGUUUUUGGGGUAAGUUUGGACAGCGGACAAAUUUACCACAGGUCGAUUAUGUAUCCGAGCCUUCUAUAUAUUUCGAUAUGCUGACCAGUGAUCAACAAGAAGUUACAGGUGUGAACUUUGUCACGGAUGAAAUGGUGGAAAUGCGUUGGAGGAAUAAAGCGGAGUUUGUUGAGUCAUCAGGAAGAACUAACGUCGUGUUGGCGGCAUAUACAACUUCUCAAGCUAGACUCAAAUUAUACAGUUAUUUGGAACAACUAGGACAGCGGGUACUCUACGCUGAUACCGAUUCUAUUGUUUUCACUGUGAAGGAAGGUGAAUGGGAGCCGUCUUUAGGGGACUACCUCGGAGAUCUUACGGAUGAAGUUCCCGAGAACAAGAUUACACAUUUUGUAACCGGUGGUCCAAAAAACUAUGCAUACAAGUUGCACAAACCUGAUGAAAGAGGAAAUCAAACAAUUUGUAAAGUGCGGGGUAUAACGUUAAACUAUAAAAAUGCUUUAAGUAUCAACUUUGAAACAGUGCGUGAAAUGGUUACUAAUGGCAUUCAAGGUGACAAAAUAACUGUUUGGGACGAGAACAAGAUUACAAGAGACAAACAGAACAGUAGAAUCAUAACAUGUAAAGAGAGUAAAGAUUAUAAAAUUGUAUUUGACAAAAGAGUUAUCACUGAAAAGUUCAUUACAAAACCGUAUGGAUACUAG